AUGGCGUCAGUAGAGAUGUUGCAGGCGCGGGUGGCGACGCUCGAGGACGAGCUCCGCGCGUCGCGAGCGGAGGCGGAGAGGCUGGCGCUGGAAGCACAGCAGGCGUCGCAGUACCAGGAGCAGAGAUACGAGACGCUGCUGCAGGAGCUGCAGUCUCUGACGUCCGAGCGCGACAAGCUCGCGACGGAGCGCGCCGAGCAGGCGGAGGCUGCCAGCCAGGCGCGCAGUGAGGUUGCGAGCCUGCAAGUGGACAAGGCCGAGGUCGAGCGCGCGCACGAACUGGCCAUGCGGGAGCGGGACGAGGCCGUCGGACUCAACAAGAGGCUCGAGAAGCUCCUGGAACAGCGCAGGACCGAGCUCACGGAGCGCGAUCGCGCAACCGACCAGCACCUCCAGCGCGUGCACGCCCUGACGACGGAGAAGGCGCAGAUCGAAGAGGCGAUGCGGGCCGCGCAGGGCAAGGCCAGCGAGGCGGACGCCCGGGCCUGUCGCGUCGAGCAGGAGCGGGCCCUCUUUGAGAAACACAACAAGUGGCUGGAGGACGAGCUGAGCGCGAAGAACGAGUCCAUCAUGAAGCUGCGGAAGGAGUCGGCCGCGGAGAUCCAGCAGCUGCGCGCGGCCCAGUCGGACCUGGAGUCGGACAAGGCGCGCCUGACUCAGGACAACGCCCAGCUCCGGCACAAGCUCGAGGCCGCGCAGAAGGCCGCGGACGCCGCGGAGUCGCAGCUCCGGCGCCUGCGCGAGCAGGUCGCGGAGCGCGAGGAGCACUUCGCCAAGGAGCUGAGCGUGGCGGAGCGGCUGGCGGAGAUCGGGAAGGAGGACGGGCGGGACCUGCGGGCGAAGCUCAAGGAGCGGGAGUCCACGAUCGAGGGUCUGAAGGAGUCCAUCCGGCGCAUGGAGGCGGCGUCGAAGCAGCAGCUGGAGCACCAGAAGGUGGUUGCGUCCGAGGCGAACUCGGAGGUCUCGCGCCUGCGCGAACAGCUCAACUCCCUGAUGUCGGGCGCGGGGAUGUCUCCGCUCCCCGGCGGCGCGACGCCGGGCACCGCGCCGCGCACGCCCGGGUCGGCGCUGCGCGGGUCCCCCGGGGGAGUCCCCGCCACGUGGGCCUCUCUGUCCGACUUCGAGAAGUUCGAGGCCGCGCAGGCGCUCGAGGAGCGGUACCGCCGCGAGAGCCGCGAGCGCCGCCGCAUCGAGCAGCUCAUGAACGAGGUCAUCGAGUCGUUCGAGCACAAGGUGCCGCAGAUGGCCGAGCAGCGCCGCGUGCUGCAGGAGCUGCGCGAGCGCAACGCGCGGCUGACCGAGCAGCUCCAGGUCGCGCAGGCCGAGCGGCGGGCGUCCGAGGCGCAGCGCGCGCAGCUCGGGGAGCAGGCGCGCAUCGCCGCCAAGCGCUCCGAGGACCUCUCGCGGCAGGUGGAGCGCCUGACGAUGCGCGUGACGACGCUGCAGGGCGGCCGCGCGGCGCUCCCGGCGCGCGAGGCGCUCGCGGCGGCCGCCGCGGACCCCGACGUCCUGACGGCGGAAGAGGUCAUCUCGGAGCGCCUCGUCGAGUUCGAGGACGUCGCGCACCUGCACCGCAUCAACGCGCACCUGCUGACCGUAGCGCGGCAGCUGAGCGAGCAGUGCGAGGCCACGCGGGCGUCCGUCGAGGCGUCGCUGCGCGACCAGCACCAGCAGGAGCUCGAGGCGGUGCGCGUGGAGCUGGAGCAGCUCAGGCGGAGCCGCGAGGAGCAGGAGAGGCUGGUGAAACAGAUUGUCAACCAGCGGGACCUCUUCAAGUCGAUGCUGACGUCGGCGGUCGGCGGCGACCGCGGCGCGGACGCCGCGAGCGUUGCGGUGCUGGCAAACUACCGGCCGGAGGACGCGGGUGCGCGGGGCGGCGCGCAGGGCGGCGGCGGCGGCGGCGCGGGCGCGAGCGGGGCCGCGGAGCGCGCCGGGGACGGCGUGGACUACAAGGCGCUGUACGGGGACAAGGAGCGGGAGCUGCAGAUGGUGCAGGAGGAGUCCGCGCGGAACGUGUCGAUGCUCAAGGUGGAGCUCGGGUCGGCGCGGGACCAGGCGACGGCGGCGGUGCGGCAGGCGGAGCAGGCGCGCGCGGCGGAGCAGUUCGAGCGGUCGCGCGUGGACCGGCUGCAGGAGCAGACGGCGGGGCUGCGGCAGCAGCUGGCGCUCGCGGAGGCGCGGGUGUCGGAGCAGAUGCAGCACAACCUGAAGAUGGAGGCGACCCUCAAGGAGCUGAACGCGCGCGUCGAGGCGGCGGAGGCGGCGUCGCGGUCGGACCGCCAGCGCGCGGCGACGCUGGAGGCGCGCAUCGAGGUGGUGCAGGCGUCGGAGCAGCGGCACGCGCAGGAGGCGUCGGGGCUGCUGGAGGCCAAGCACCGGCUGGCGGCGGAGCUCGAGGCGGCGUCCAAGGUGCACGCGUCGCAGCUCGGGGACGCGCGGGACGACCGCGUGCGCCUGCAGGCCGAGGUGGCGCGCUUACAGCAGGAGUGGGGACAGGCCAGUAAGGAGCUCGCCGAGCAGCGGUCGCGCGCCGACUCGGAACUGUCCAAGCUCCAGCUCGAGCUCUCGCGCGCGGAGAACAAGGCGGACCAGGCGCAGGCCGACGCGUCGCGCGCGCGCAAGGACCUGCAGGACGCGGACGCGCGCGCGCGCAAGGCCGAGUCGACGGCGCAGGUCCUACAAGACAAGCUCCUCGCCGCGGAGAAGCGCGCCGCGGGGCUCCAGAUGCGCGUCGAGUCGCUGGCGUCGGCCUCCCUCGCGUACGGCGCGGCGGGCGGCGAGGCGCCGGCCGGCGCGGGGGCGGGCGGCGGGGAGCUGGAGGCGGAGCUGCGGAGCCAGAUGGCGCGGCUGCGCGCGGAGCUGGAGGCGGCGCAGGAGGCGGCCGCGGCGGCGCAGGGCAACGCGAAGCAGUACCAGGCGCUGGCGGCGUCGGCGGACGAGGCGCUGCGGCGCGUCGAGGCCGACCGCGGGCGCGCGGCGUCGGUGCACGCGGCCGCGCUGGCGUCGGCCGACCAGCGGAACGCGCAGGCGACGCGCGAGCUGGAGCAGGCGCGCGAGGACCUCGGCGAGCUGCGGCGCCGCCUCACGGAGGUGCAGGGCGAGCUCGAGGCCGCGCGCGCGGAGGCCGCCAGCGGGAACGGCGCGCUGAAGAAGGAGGUGGCCGAGCUGAGCGCGGCGCGGGCGCGGGCGGAGGAGCAGCUCGCGGCGGUGCGGAAGGACGCGGACCAGCACUUCGCGCAGUGGCGCGCGAGCAAGCAGAGCUACGACUUGGAGGUGGUGCAGCACGCGCAGGACAUCCAGAAGCUCGCGCAGCUGGAGGAGCAGGCGGCGGCGGUGGAGGCGCGUGCGCGGGAGGCGCGCGCGGAGCUCGACCGCGUGCUGGCGGAGCGCGACGAGCUGCGCACGGAGCGGGCGCGGGCGGCGGCGGCCGCGGAGGAGGCGGCGGGCGCGCACGCGCGGCGCGAGGCGGAGCUCAAGGCGCGCAUCGAGGGCAUGGCGCAGGAGCUCGAGGCGGCGGCGGCGCGCGGCGGGGCCGCUUCGGGGGAGUCUGGGCACGGCGAGGCCAGCCAGGUGGUGCACUACCUGCGGCGCGAGAAGGAGCGGGUGGAGGCGGAGCUGUCGCUGGCGCAGCAGCAGCGCGCGCGGCUCGAGCAGCAGGUGCGCGCGCUGCGGCAGGAGGUCGCGGAGCUGCGGGCGCUGCAGGCGGACGCGGCGGAGCGCGAGCGGCGCGCAGCGGAGGACAGCGAGGCGCACCAGCGCGUCGUGGCGCAGGCGGAGCAGCUCAACUUACUCCGCGAGAGCAACAACGCGCUGCGCGCGGAGAGCACGAAGUCCGCGGAGCAGCUCGCGGCGCUGCGCGGGCGCGUGGCGGAGCUGGAGCGGCAGCGCGAGCCGCUGCGGCGGGAGUUGGCGUCGCUGCGCGCGCGCGGGGAGGCGCACGCGGAGGAGCUGCGCGUGGCGCGCGAGGACGCGGGCCGCUGGGAGGCGCGGGCGAACCAGCUGCUGUCGCGCACGGGCAAGGUCGACAAGGCUGAGCACGACCGCGUGUGCGCGGACCUGGAGGCGGCGCGGAAGCGCGUGGCGGAGCUGCAGGCGCUGCGCAGCGGCGCGGCGGAGGAGCUGGAGAAGGAGCUCAAGAAGAAGAACGAGGCGUACGGGAAGAUGCGGGACAUGAUCGUGGGCAUUGCCAAGGCGAUCAAGGUGCCGGUGAAGAAGAUGCAGACGGCGGAGUGGCAGGAGGAGUACGUGGCGAGCGCGGGCGCGGCGGCGCGGGAGCGGGAGCUGCAGGGCAAGGUGGAGGAGGCGGAGCGACGGGCGGCGGAGGCGGGCGGGAAGGUGACCGAGGCGCAGAAGGAGGCGCAGGCGGCGCGGGCGGCGGCCGCGCGCAUGCAGGCCGCGCAGCAGCGGAUGCAGCAGCAGCUGCAGCAGCUGCAGGCCGCGCAGCAGCAGGGGGCGCAGCCCGAUCAGCCGGCGGCCGCGCCCGCGCGCCCCGACAAGCGCCCCCGCGAGGAGCCGGGGGCCGAGGAGGAGGCGCCGCCCGCGACGGCGGCAGAGGAGGGCGACAGGGCCGCAGCGGAGCCCGCGGCGAAACGCGCGAAGCCCGACGAGACCCCCGGCGACGAGCCCGCCGCAGACACGCCGAUGCAGGAGCCCGAGCGGCCCGCGGAAACAGAGCCGCAGCAGGCGCAGGCGCAGGCGGAGCCGACGCCGCAGGAGGGUCCGAGCCAGUCCGGCGAGGCGCCCGCAGGCGCCGCGGAGGAGCAGCAGCCUGCGGCGGAGCAGCAGGAGGCCGGCGAGGCCCCGGGCGAGGAGAAGCAGCCCGCGGCCGCGGCCGAGGAGGCGCCGGCGGCGGAGAUGGAGCUCAAGGCGCAGGGGGCGUCCGCGGGGGCGCAGGCGAUCCAGAAGGCCUUCCGGGACCAGCUCGCACAGGCCGCAACCACCACGCCGCGCGCGGAGGGCUCCGAGGCCGCGGGCGCGGCGGCGUCGAGGCCCGCGGCGAAGCCCCCCAAGCCGAUCGAGUGGCGCCCGGACGUGCGCGCGAACAUCGUGGGGCGGUUCGCGCCGGACGCGGAGGGCGCGCCGGCGGCGGCGGAGGGCGCGGCCGCCGCGGCGCCGCAGCCGCAGGCGUCCCCGCAGGACCCCGUCGCGGCGCCGCGCCGGCCGAGGGCGGGGCUGCGGCGGCGGCGGGACCUCCCCCCUCCCAGCACUUCCACAGCACAAUCCCUGAACCACGACAGCAUGGGCGACCUUCCGCGCGACGUCCGGCAUUGGCGGGCGUCCCUCGACGCCCAGCGCGCUGGCCCCAAGGCUGAGCAGCAGUAUCUGGUGGGCACGCAGCCUCCGAGCACGUCCGUCUCGGCGGACGGGACAGUCGACAACUCCUAUGGCACGCUGCUUCCCGGCCCCGCGAUCGCGGGCCCGCGGCCGGCCGCGUCCGUGCCCCAGCUGAUGGUGCACCCUGUGGACGAGGGCGCCCUGUGGGGCCGGGACGGUCUCCGCCGCGCGCCGACGUCGCAGCAGGACCGCACGACGCCCGCCAAGGAGGCCAUGGCCGCCCUGGGCAUCGUGCCGCAGCCCGGCUGGACAGUCGCGCCCGGCCCGGCCGCGCCCGUGAUGCGCCAUGGCAAGACGUGCGUGGGCUGCGGGGCCGCGCUGCCGUCCGUGCAGGACUUCUCGCUGUGCACCAAGUGCCACAGCAUGCUCGUCCCGCUCUCCGAGGUCGGCGGCCGCCCCGUCCAGCAGCCCCCCACGCCCGUCUCGGUGCCGCCGCCCGUCGUCAUCGACACCCAGGUGCAUCUCGUCGCCAAGCAGGCCGGCAACGGCAACCCGUACAGGCCGGCACGCAAGCGCCGCACGCGCCGCAAGCAGCGCCCGCAGGCCGCCGCGUCGGACGCCCAGGGCAGCGACACCAGGCAGCCCUCCCUGCAGUCCGCGCCGGGCGACCCGGGCCGCGUCGUCGACCCCCGGGCUCCGGCGACCAACUCCCGCCACAUCUCCGCCAGUGGGGCGAGCGCCUCGCCGCUGCCGCGUAGCUCCCUGGAGCGCCGCGGCUCGGCGACGAACGCUUUGUUCGCGGACUACCCGCCGGCGUGGGCCCGCGGCAGCGAAAGCAGCACCACGUCGCCGCCGCCGCUGCAUGCCGCGGCGUCCAUGCCGCCCGGCAGCCGCGCGCCGGGGCCGCACAUGACGGCGUACGGGCCGGGCGCGGCCGCGCUGGGCCUCGCGGGCCAGGCGGGCCAGCCCGUGGGGGGGCCGCAGCCCUCGCAGCAGGAGGAGCUGCUGCGCAUGAUGCUGUCGGCGGCGCUGGACCUGGACAGCGACUGA